AUGAAUAAAUCAUCUUCAUCAUCCUCACCCAUAUCAGCGGAGGAAAAUAUUACUUCUGGGAAAACAAAACUCUAUACUGCAGCUGUAAUACCACUUGACUACAAUUACAAAAUUAUGUCACCAUCAUCACUUUCUCAUAAACGGCAAGAUAAUGUCACUUAUCAUGCAAGACCAAUUAACCACGAUGAAUUUGACAUGGAUGUGGAGAAUCAAUACAAUAGUCUCUUUGGGGAUCCGGUACCACCGCCAGCUCCACAAGAUUUUCUGAGCACAACAUUUGAACGAAAUAUAUUUCAAACGAAUUCAGUUGAUAUAAGUUCAGAAGAAGACGUUUUUGGACAAACCGUCACCUUAAAUGCAACUCAAUCACGCCUGUUUCCAAACAUUCCAUACAAUUCAACCUUUUCUAGGCACUUAUCCAAAACUAAUCCAAUCAAAAAUUUUGAUAUUUUGCCUAAUAGUUUACCGCGCUUACAACCACCUGACAUACAAAUACUGCCAAAUUCAAGUGGAGGUUCAAGCUCAGAGACGAAAAACUCUCCAAAUUAUGCACUUUUAACUCCAGAAGAUAUAUUUCGACGGCAGAGUUUAUAUGAUGGAACUGAACCAACAGAUGUCUCCGAGCUUAUAGAAACGAUAACCGUUAGCAAUGCGAAUGAAACUAGUGAAUACACAGAAGCAACACGCAGAGUUUCUAAUUUUUCAGCAGAUUUUAAAUCCAAUGUGGGUUCUUUAAGUGACAAUAUACCGGAAACAUCUAGGAAUGCGAUGCCUGCUACUUUCAACCGUCAAUUUUCAAAUGAAUCAUAUUCUAGCAGUGAGUGGUUUCGGCCUGCUCAACAGGACUUUCCUGAAUUCAGUAAAAUGCCAAAAUUACGCCCAAGUUCGAAAAAUAUCAUGUCUAUAAAACGUGAAGAGAUGCCUUUACAUGAUUCUCCCGUAGCUGCAAUGAUAAAUGAUUCAAAUGCUUCUAGCAGCGGAGAGGAACGUGUGUUGGAUACCACACAAGUGCUUGAAGCACCAACCGUAUCGUUGCAUUCUUUAGCACCAUUACGUCCACCAGAUCCUUCGCCGAGCUGUUUGCUUGAAAUGGAAAGUAAUAUAUCUCUACCAUCAGAAGAAUAUCUUAGUCAGGCACGAAAAAUUUCAAUGGAUAGUUUCGACUCAAAUUUUCAGUCCCCUCCUCCACCUGCAGCACCUCCUCCUAUACCACCUCCACCAAAACUUGAUGAAACCGUAGUAAUAGAUGAUGCCUAUACAUUAAAAGGUGAUAUGUCCCCAGUUAUAUUUAAGGAUUCUGUAACUACUGGAAGCGAAUAUAAAGUUGAACAAGCUAGAUUGCAUAAACGUACUUCAUUUACUAUAAUCUCUGAGAAGUCGCCCCAAUCAUCAGGAAAGCAGAGUCCACUUUCACACAUACAAAAAUCUCCCACACACAGUACAAAACAACUUCCCAAAAGUAUGCAUAAACACAAAGAGAUCACAACUACUUCCUCGUCAUCUUCGAAACCUACAGCGAAAUCACAAUAUUAUUUACAACAGAAAUCACUAACGUCAACGCAGCUUAAACUGCCACACCUAUCAAAAACCAACCUAUUGACAUCUGAUGACUCGCCGCGCCCAUCUGUGCAAUUUGACAUGUCUGGUCGUUAUAGUCCAACUAAAAUGCCACAGAAAAGCAUACUCCAACAAAGAGAAUCAAUAACUUCCACUGAUACACUGCCACUAGCAAUACCAACUCGUCGUGCCUCCAUACCGAUAUCUGAUGAUAUGAGAAAAAAAAAAUAUGAAACAUUACCACUUAUAACAGAUCCAUACCGUACGUCUAUACCACGAUUGAAUAGUUCUAGUUCAGCUUUAGGUCCAGAAGUUGCUGUAAUACCACCCGGUGCCUUACCUCGACCACUGAAACCAAAUCCAAAUCCCACUCGUUUGCAACGAGGCUUGUUGCGCAUAAUAAAUAAUGAUGAUAAUAUGUCCCGUAUACCUUUACCAUCGAACUGGAGUAGUAUGGAUGACUUAGCAAUGCAUAGAAAACGUAAACCAUCACUAAAACCAUUAAACUUACCACUUCGUCGUCGUUCCAGCUCAACGUCUCCCGAAAGACGCAGUUCUACUCUGACUGCCUCCGAUAGACGUAGUUCCAAUUUAAGCACUGUGACAACAUCUGACUUCAGUUUUCGUAGACCAUCGUUUUCAAAUCGACAGCCACCAACAUCAAAUGCGCCAAAAACAAUUAACAUAUCACGCAGCAACUUAAAGACACGAAGACCGUCUCUAGCACCUCCCUACAAGUUCACCACUGGUACUCUUACACCACGAGCAAAAAUUUCCAAGCCAACAACGUUAUCACCCAUUAUUGGCACACCAAAUAAAGACAGUAGCUCUAAUCAAAGUCCGAUGCAUACUGCUGCCAACAUUCUUAUAAAUUCAGGAACCGCAUCUGAUGCAUCACGCCGAAACUCUCUUUCCAAAAUACCUAUUCGUGCAGGAAACAAUAACAUGUAUAUGGAAUCAAAACAAAUGCAUUCGGAUUCACGGCCAGAAUCACGAGUGCAUUCGCGCUCUAAUUCACCAAUGAAAAAGUUUUCUUCCCAACAACCACAGACCAAUUUGACAAUGCAUGGUAUGCCUAGCCGAACAUCUUCAAGAAGUACUCUACAUACACAAUCGCAACCAAAUUCACGCGCACCUUCACGUUCUACUUCACGUGCCUCUACUAGGCCGAUCUCUCGUACCACAUCUCGAGCUGCUUCUCGACCAAACUCUCGUAUGGAGCAAGCAAAAGAUUUGGCAAACUCUCGUUCGAAUUCACGUUUAAGUGUUAGCUCUACAACACAUACAAGUCGAUUUUCACCUAAUAUGGGCUAUAUGAAAGAUGAAAGCAACACCCGUAGAAAAUCUAUAUCGCUUUCUCCACAAUCUAAUCGUAAGCAUGUGCUUGCACGACGACUAUCCAUAAGUCCAACUAAUAAAUUUCGUAGUUCUAACCGUGGACGCAGUAAAGAUACCAAGAAAAAGCUUCAACUACAAAGAAAAACUUCUGUCUCUCGUAUUCCAAUGCGCACUAAAAGUGCCGUAGACUUGUCGAAGUCACCUCGUAAGACUUCCCCAAUUGUAAAAUCUUCACCGAGAAGGAGUAACACAAAUUCAUCUUUUCAAUCCGCAAGUGCCAACAAAGCACCCAAUUCUGUGCAAAAGUCUGUGUCAAGUGUCAAACGAACGUCUACGUCUACCAAUAAGAAGACGGCGGCAGCUAACAAACAACCAAAUAAUUCAAAAAAGACUGGGAUUAACCUUAAGCGAGAACAUUCAAAUUUACAGAAAAAUAAUCAAAAUACUAAAGAAGGUAGUAAAGUGAAAGAAGGAAGUAAAAAGGUCCCAGCUAAUAUUUCAACCAAUCAAAAUAAUGUCGGUAAAAAAAUGGCCAACGCAAGUGAUGCAGUUAAUAGUAAAACAGGUACUAGUGGAGUAACUGGCGGUGAUGGAGUUACCAAAAGUUCAAGUGGUAUCAAACGUCAACCAACGAAUAUGUCACUUAUGCGAAUUGGUUCCACACUUAGUAUGCUUAGCAAAAAACGUGCGGAAAGUAGUAUUACUAGAAAGAUAACUGAAGAGUCAGUUUCCGAAACCGAUGAAAAGUCUAAUGGCUCUAAAAUACCUAAAGUAGCCAGCGCUGGACAACUUAUUUCCACAGAUGGCAGUUUGCCUGCUGCUAUAAUAGAGAAAUCGCAAAAAACUUUAGAAAAUAUACAAAAGACUGUCACUGUUGCUACAGAUGAAAUACACAAGACGAUUAAUGAAAAUUUAACAGAUUUGAAGAGUUUUGAAACUGAUAUGGGCAAAAUGUCAGACAGUGCUGCUUCGCCUACACUAAGUGUAGCAACAGUUGUAGAAAAUAGAUCCGGUAAGAGUGGCGCGACAUCUGUUUCUCGUAUUGGUACGGCAGAAGGAGAAGGGAAUAAGAAUUCGACUGGAGAAAAUACAGGCGUAUCACAAAAAUCACCAAAAGCAAAUACCCAACCUAUUGAGGCGACCGUUUCUGUUGUAAAUAAUGGGGUGAGUGGUACUGGUGUAGUUGGGGAAGUGACUGCUGCAACUCAUUUAACAAGUACACUUAUGGAUAAUGCUGAUACUGCCGAAAGGGUUAGUGUACGUGCUAUAUCUGUAAUGCCUGAAGUUGACUGUGAAAGUGCAAAUUUCCAGAAUUUCGAAAUGGACAUUGCUGACAAGAUGGCUGCUGGUGAAAUGGUGAAUGCUGCUCUGAAGAGAGGACAUGAUGGAAUUCCAGAAGAACCAAGUACGGGAAGUGCAGACGAUUACAAAACAGAAGGCAAGCGUCGCUCACCAGAUGGACAAGGGGAAUCGCAACUUGAUAGCGGUGAAAAAAAUAAUAGUCAAGAAUUUCUGGAAGUAAAAGACGACGAUAAUCCACCCAAAGGUUGUUGUCCAUGUUGCUUUCGAUUUUGCCUGCCGUGUCGAAGAGCACGUUGCGUACGUUGUUGUCGUCGGAAUAAAAACAAAAACAGCGAUGAAUCCACACAGCCUGUAUUGUCAGCGACUAGUAGUGCUACAACUACAAAUCUUGAGGUAAUUGAUGAAACUCGCAGCUUAGACCAAAAGAAGAAGACAAGUUGUUGGCAAAAACUUAAUUGUUGCAAAAGUUGUAAAAGGAAAAAGUCAAAAACUCAAGCUGAAGAAGAAGAAAGUGUCAUUGCCGAGCGACAAUCGAAAAUGGAAGGAAGUGGACAUGCUACAAUGCCAACAACGCCUAUUCCAGAGCAGCAACAACAAGGACCAAUGUCACCAACGAAACAAAAUAAAUGUGGUUUGUGUUUAAGUAAAAUUUUCUGCUGUCGUUCGGUGAAUAAGAUCGAUCCAAAAACUGGGCAUGAAACUGAGAUCAACAAAUGUUGCUUUUGCAUACCAUGCAUUUGUAAACGAGGCCCAAGAGGUUCUACAGUGAGCUCUGUAGGCGGUUCACUUGGUGCAGGCUCCGCUGCUUGGCAAGAUCCGGAACGUGGCAUAUCUGCAACAGAUGCUUCAGUGUUACAAGGAGUGGAUGAAACACCAAAAGAUGGCUGCUGUAAACGUUUCUGGAGUCGAGUAUUUUUCUGUAGAAAGAAGAAGGUGCCCAAGCCAAGCGAGAGUAGACGUCAAAGUAUCAAGGCUCCACCACCACCGACAGAAGAUACUCGACGUAAGCUUCAUGUGGACUUAGUGGAGUACAAUUCAAAAAUGAAAGGUGCUAUACCAGUGUUACCACUAUUUUUGGCAUGGUUUUGUGCUAUUUGCAACACUGUUGUUCCAGGACUUGGUACUCUCUUAUCUGGUAUAUUCUGCAUUUGUAUUGGCAUACCACGUUUUUCUCAGCACGAUAGCGCAAAGGCACGCGUUGGGUCUCUUAUAAUAAAUAUAAUUGUGGCAGUUGCUCAGCUAUUUUGUGUACUCUUCUGUUUCGUUGGUUGGGGUUGGUCCAUUUGGUGGGGUACAAUUAUGCUCAAAUGUGCCAGAAAACUUAAUAAAAUCAAGAAGGUGGAACAGCUUGAAAAGGAAGAGGAACGUCGACAGGCUGAAGCCGCAGCUGCUAUUGAGGCAGCUGGUCGUGCAAUAGUUGCUGCAGAAGCUGAAGCGGCCAAAGCUUAAAUACCCUAAUUUUUUCAUUUUCUCUAUGUUUUGGAGAAAAGCCACAGGCUAAGCCUGCAGCAGCUACUGCAACAGUUUGUCGUACAAUAAUUGCUGUCUAUAAGGAACGAUAAUAGCUUUAAUACAAAUUAUUAACAAAAUCUAAAUUUAUUUAGGAAACUUUAAAUGCGAGUAACAAAGAAAUCUUCCAUAUGA